CAGGGUGAAGAUAGAUUUAUACGAUCAGAUGGUAGCGAUGGGGUUUUCCAAGUCAACCGUUGCGGCGGCACUAAGGCACACCAACAACGAUCUCCACGGUGCUCUGCGGAUCAUCCAGGAACAACCAGAACUACUCUCUUUACCAGACACUGAUGUCGUUCCGGGUUGGGAUGGGCCAAUCACAGAUGAGAUGAUUGCGCAGCUCACAGAACUUGGCUUUAACGUUGAUGUUGCUAAGGAUGCUUUAAAGCGGUAUGGAGGAGUAGUCAACAAGGCCGUUGAGAAGCUGUUAUCCUCGGGAGGGAUCCUGCUUCCACUCCCAUCACCAUCCUCCACAGCAGGAGCAUCAAAUUCAGCUGACGAAGUUGAAAAACUCACGGCUGAGCAAAAGCAGGCUAUAGAGGACGUCCUACCUGAUAUACCGGACCACGAAGAGGAUUAUCUGGACAUUACUUUGGAGGAAGAAGCCUCUUUUAUUGCCGAAUACAAAGCAAGAAUACAUUCUGCACUUUGAUGCUGCCAGUAUAGAAUACGAAAGACUUUGAUAUUGAAUAUAUCAUAUCUGCACUUAGAUAUGAACUGUUUAUUUUGAGUUCCUGAAAUAGUAAUUUCCAAGCCCUUUAUAUCACAAUCUGAUGGCGCCGUACAAGAACUGUUCAUUAUUAUUUAUAGUAUUAUUAUUAUUAUUGUGGAAAUUGGCAAAUAUAUGUAGUUUAAUUUUCGACUUUCGCACACGAAACAAAAAUAGGAAGAAUCAAAGUGCCUGAAGAAUUAAUUUGAGAUACCUAAAACAGAAUUUUAUUGAAAUAUGAGGAGGAUUGGGGAUUGGGUAUGUUAAGUCUCACAAAACUAUGUACAUUUGAGAACUUACUGAUUAAUUAUUAUACCUAUAUUCAUAUUUUUUAUGGUUAUUAAUUAGUGCAACUCACGACUCCCCUGCUUAGGAAGAAAUAUAACAAAAUGUUGGAGAAGAUGGUGGUGUGGGGAGUGGAAUUUCGCUAAGAGUUCUGACGUUCUUUCUGAGAAGCUUGCAUAUAGAAUCAUUACUGAGUUUCUACCUGUGCAUGGUUGCAGGUUAAUGUUUACAAUUUUUAUUCUCUUGUUAUUUUAUGAUGAUUUUGCAGUCAUUAUCAAGUUGUAAUAUGCCCACAUGUUCACUCUCAUUUGUUUUGUCAUAUUAAUUCAUACCCAUUCACGUUUGGUGUGAUUGAGCUUAACCAUUAAUUGUACAUAAUUUGUCUAAUGAUUGAUUGCAUUGAGCCCAAUCAAUAAUAAAUCAUAAACAUAUGUCGUAUGAUUGGUUGCUAAGCUUUCUGUUAAUUGACCCUGCAUGAUUAUAAGAAAUUACACCUAGGUCAAUAAUAUGCAUUUAUUAUGAGAUAUAUUUAAGAUAUUUUAAUAUAUUUUGGUCGUUUAAUAUAUAUCUACUGAUCUUUAUUUCAUAUGUAACUAUAUCAUGUGCCUUCAACUUUCUUGCAAUAUUCACAAAAAAUGAAAUGUUUAGGGUUUGAUUGUCAGGUUUGUAUUCUAUCACAUGAUAUGAAUAAAUUAUGGCACAACUGAGAAUAAAAGGAAACCUUAGAAACGGAACGGUAAGUUGAAAGUAUAUAGCUCAUGUUUUUCAUGAUAUUCGUUAGCAUCUGUUUCUGUCUUUUCUUAAUUUUCAAUGUUACAACUGCACCAUAUCGUCUUUUCAUGUAUUACAGGGGCAUAGAUUGUUAUUGAAUGGGGAUAUUGAAUUUCAGAUUCAAGCCCGGAUAUUAUAGGGUAUGUUGUAGGUGGCCGAAGGACCAAUUAUGUUGUUAAUAUUGUAGAAAAUUUGUUCUUUGGUCAACGAGGCUUUGAAAAAAUAAAUGAUAUCUGACACCCUUAACCCAUUAAGAUAAACGCUCUUCCGGGGCCAUGGGAACGAUUUUUUGAGUGGGGGCGGUGCUGAUGUAAAUUUGAAAAGCAAAAAAAAAAAAACGGUUUAGAUACAAAUUGAG